UACCGUUGCAGAGGGAGGCUACAACCAUCUGUCAGUGUCUGACGCGCUUGUCGCAUUUAUUUGCAGUGAAUAAUUAAGAGAAAGCAUAGCCAGCGACUACGGGCUCCCUGCCUCCCUCUCUCCUGUCUCUCCAACCGUCCCCCCUUCUAAUCUCCGCGUCUUUCCUUCGGACUUCUCGUUCGUCGUCUGUCCUUUCUUUCUUCAAUCUUCUCCCGUUCUCUACCGACGGAAAUCUACGCGUAGUCUCGUUCCUUGGUGUAAGCAAAGCAAACAAAAGUCGUCUGCAAACCGUCUCCGUGGUUUGCAACUUCAAUUCUUCAGUGACCAGACAGUCCUUUCCUUCCUUCCAAUUAUUUUGAUCCUCAUAAGAAGCCGCAAGCGACAAUGUCUCUCAAGAAGGUGUAUCAGCAGUUCCUGGCAGAACCCAAGUCUGCUCCGCUGGCUCCUGAUGUUUCCCUGUUCUAUGUUACCACGGCCACGAACUUCGUCCAGUCCGACACGGUGCUCAACCAUCUCUCCAAGCAGGCUCGAAUUGUCAAAAAGAAGUCAGAUAAGAUCCUGGACGCUGUCGAGGGACCUGAUUUUCUGACUCUUGAUGUCGAAACCACGUUGGAGUUUAUAUCUGGGGGAGGGGCCUAUCUCCCCUCGAUGGACGAUAAUUUCCUAGCUGACCACGUCGUGACCUUUCCCACGGUACAUAUAGUUCGCUUCAAUUCCCAAAACCAAAUCCAACAGAUUAAACUCUACUGGGACCAAGGGUCGUUGCUGAAGCAGAUCGGCGUUAUCGGUUCACGCGGACGAGCCUGGCCUAUUCGCGAGGCUACCGAACAGAUACGAGUCCUCAAGUCUGCUGUUUCUGCCAUUGAGGAAAGCCAGGCGUCCGCGCCAUCUAAACCGUCGAGCAAAGAAGACAACAGCACGGAAUCUACUGAUGUCACUUCUCCCAGUAGGAGAGUUGUCAAGGACCCUUACGCGGCAGAAUCUCUCUAUGAGCUUCUGUCCCCCACUGUCGACAAGGAACAGCAUGCUCGCCAGCCAAAAACUCAGCAUCAGGGCCACGACUACAGUGAACUCUUCGUUGGCAAUGAGAAUGACCCUUCGCCCGAUGGCGUACGGUCGCAGAGACCUGCUCCCAGAGCAAGUGCGGCCAAGAAAUUUCAACCUUCCCGUUUAUUUGACGAAGAAGAACCCACUCCUUCGAAGGCCGGACGAAUCAGGGGUGACGCGCAAAAAUACAGUCACUUCGAGAUUGGCGGUGACAACAGCGAACGCGAAAUAAAGUCAAUUCCCUCACGCCCCAAGACGUGUCAUCAAUCACAGUGGGAUUUUGAGGACUUUGUUACUCCAGAGAAGCCCAAACGCCAAAUCCGUCCUAGUCAGAUUCGUCACUUCGCUUGGAGUGAUGACGAGCCCGAGGAUACCCCUCCAGCAAAGCCACGAGUGGUGCGCCCCCGACGGGAUGCGGAGACACAUUUCCAGUUGACAGAUGAAAACGAUAAUGGGACCCCCAAGAACAGGCGAAUCAUCAGCUCUUACCAGAAUAGGGGCUUGAGCCUAUAUCACGAUCCUCUGCUCCCUGACGAGAACUCUCCAGCUCCUGCUAAGAAUGAAAACAAGGCACCCCUCUCAACUGUUGCGAGCAACGCGCCCCGCAGGAAGGACUUUGAUCCUCACUGGAGUCUCACAGACACUACCCCGGAGAAAGAGAAAGUUAACGAUUUUGAAAAUAAGAAACCCGUUGCGACUCACCGGCUCAAGGCCGUCCAAAUGAUGGAGCCGCAUUGGGACACUUAUGAUGUGUCGCCCCAGCCAAAAAAGCCUGUGCCUCCACCCACUCGUGGUAUUAAGAAUUCGACACAAAGAAGCUGGGCCUUGAACAGUGAUGAAGAAGAGAACUGA